GACGCUUUUGAACUUUGGUGCUGGAGAAGACUUUUGAGGAUACCAUGGACAGCCAGGAAAACCAACAAAUGGAUCAUAGGACAAAUUAAUCCAGAAUUUUCACUUGUGGCACAAAUGACCAGGCUCAAACUAUCAUACUUUGGACACAUUAUGCGAAGAUCCAGCUCCCUUGAGAAGUCCAUAAUGCUGGGGAAAGUUGAAGGAAAGAAGAAUGGGACAACUUGAUUAUGACAGCAAUGAAUGCACCACUGUGAGACCUUAAAGGCCAAGUUGAAGACAGCUCAUCCUGGAGAGAAUCUAUCUAUGUGGUUGCUAAGAGUAGACACCAACUUGAUGGCACUUAAUCAAUCAAUCAGUCAAUCAAUCAAUGCAGUAUGUGUGCUAUAGCCCCAUGAACUCAGCAUUCCAUGUCUACCAUGAAAAAUCUGUAUACUGCAGAGGAUUCUGAGCACCCCACCUACAGAGGGCCCAGCAAAGGGGAUCCAUGCAGGAGGAGAAGCAGGUGGAGGCAGGGGAGAACUCUGAUCCAGACAGAAAAGGUGGUGGUUUUCUUGCAAUUUAUGAGAUAGGUGUAAUCCAAGGCCUAUUGGAACAAGCACCUGAAAUCUUGAAAUCUGCACAAAAGAUAUAUGGAGCAUCGUCUGGAUCCAUUAUUGCAGCAGCUGUGGUGUGUGAACUUAGUCUGGAUGUCGUAAAAAAGUGUUUUUAUGGAGUUGCAAGAGAUGCUAGGAGAACUAUUCUCGGUCCCUUUUCCCCUAGCUGUAAUCUGGUUCAGAUCUUACAGCAGGAGUUGUGCCAAAUUCUGCCAGAGAAUUCUCACCAGAUGGCCACAGGAAGGCUUUAUGUUUCCCUGACCCGUUUGAUGGAUGGGCGAAAUGUCGUGGUUUCGGAGUACAGUUCCAAGGAGGAGCUUAUUCAGGCAUUGAUCUGUAGCUGCUUUGUUCCAGUCUACGGUGGAUUCAUCCCUCCUUCCUUUCGAGGUGUGCGCUACGUUGAUGGAGGUUUCACUAACCUGCAACCUCAUUCUGACUUAGAGACUGCCAUCACAGUGUCUCCAUUUACAGGAGAGAUUGAUAUCUGUCCCCGGGACUGCCCAGCCAUUUUCUAUUGCUUGCAUAUAGUAAAUGGCAGCAUUCAGAUCUCCCUAGAAAACUUGUGCAGGAUUGGCUAUGCUCUGUUCCCACCUAGCUACCGGGUUCUGAAUGAAUUUUGUUCACAAGGAUAUCGGGAUGCCAUUCUCUUCUUGCACAGAAACAAUAUUUUUGAAAUCAGUUAUCUUGCCAAGACAGUGACAUUUGAAUUUGUUGGCGUGUUCAGUAAAGAGGAUUUGUUCCAUGCCAGUGAAGAGGCUUCUUGCCAGAAAACAGGAUUGGAGGUCCUCAACACUUCCAAUGGGACAACCUCUAAGGACUACUCUGACCAGCCUAAUGCUAUGGAUAAUGUAGAAAUGGCAAGCAAGAGACUACUGCAGCAGCUGCCUUUGCAUUGUCCAAAAGCUUCAGCUGUCCUACACACACAGAAGAGGCCUGGAUUCUUAAAUUCAGUCACUAGAUUCAUAUUGCAACACCUUGUGUUUAUGGAACCUCCAACAAGAGUGGCAUGGUCUUUCUGUAAAAGGCUAGAACAGCUGAGGCAACUUUUGGGAGAGAGCUGGUUUGCAAGACAGUUCAAAAGAACUAAGAGAUGGUUUGUCAAACACAACCAGGACAAAGAAUUAAUAAAUCAUGUUGGACUAAAACCUUUAAAAGGAGAGAUGCCCAAGAGAGAACGGACCUGAAACUCAGUGUGAGUCGAACACCUAUUUGUGUGUACAUCUUUGCAAGUCAGCAUUGUACCUUCUUGAGCUCUCUUGAAAGUAAUCCCAGAGGCAUUCUGGGAAUAAUAAGGACUUGAGUAAAUCACAACAGUGUCUGGGUCCAUGACAAACGGCCUUUGUGACAUUUGUAGAAAGAAAAAAGGCAGUUCUCCAUCAAGGAGAAUGGGUUCCUAAGGUAACAUAAUUGAAAUGAUAGCCCAGUUUGGCUGGCUAAUUCAAAAGUUUACUUUUGCUAUCUAAUUUCUUCUCUGGUCUACAACCCAGUCUCCAAUGCUUGUUUGCCUGUCCACAAUUCACAGUCCCUCUUGUUCCAGGGCCAUGUCUAAGGUCUCCCCCCAGCUCUUAUUUUUCCAUGGCCAUUACUUACUGUCAGCUAAGUGCCUUGUGGCAUUACUUACUUUUUGUCUCUCUGUCGUCAUCCCUUGCUUUGGAUUCUAGCUUCUAAGUCUAUGGUAUGCCUCUUUCUUCAUGAAGUUUACCUCUGGGUCCUCUUUUGAAUGUUUAACAGCUCUUAAUUUGUCAUUUGAGACAAAUCUCAAUCAUCACUGCCUCAGUUACUUCUUCCUGUGAAGACUGCAUAGCCCUUCUGUCCUCAGGCAUGGGAGGUGGACCGCUUGUCAAAAUUCUGCUGGUGAAAAUUUCCUUCUACGCCUCCCAAACUGACACAAAGUUCAUAAGUAGCUCAUGUCAUCAUAAUAGCUCAGCAAUGAGUCCAAGCAAGAGAGCAAUGGCCAUUUGUUCAUCAUUGUUCUGACUCUGGAUCACAUCUGAGAUGAUGUUAUAAAGAAAAAUGAUAAAUAUAUAUUUAUCUCUGUAAGCAACUGCAAUGAACACAUAGCCAGCAGUACUAAACCCAGGGUGACACUAACACUUCUCUGCAGAUCAAGUGUUGCCUGAAGCCAUUGUCAUCAUGGUUGGACAACUGGCUUUCCAAGACACAGGCUCCAAUCCUCUGUUUAUCUGUUAGGGUGGUGAAUCCACCCCUAGAGCCAUAGGUAUAGUCCACUCCUAGAGCCUUACACAGUUAACUGCAUUCCAGAAUUCUCUAGCAAGAAACAUUCCUGACUGUUGCACUGAUGGCCUGGUAGAACAGCAGGUUAAUAAGAGUUUUUCCUAGAUAUUUGUUGUCUUCUCUUUUACUGGAGUAGUCUGUCCAGUUUACAGAAGACCUGAGAUUACUCAAAAAGGCCACUAGUCCACUUGAGCUCAAGUGUUGCUCUACUUAUGCUCAAGCCAGGUGACUGCAGCAAGACAGAUUUAUUUUCUGCUGCAAUACCUAUUGUUCUGUUGGAAUUACAAAAUUUAUUAACAACAUCUCUCAUAUGUAGCUAGAUUUAGGGGUACACUUAAAAAACCCCUGAGUCUUUCUGAGAUAUUAGAGGCUCGUUGUUCUAGCUGCAGCACUGGCACUCUCUGAUAAUAUAGAGUUAUUUGUGAGAAGCAGGAAGGAAUGUGCUUGACCAGUUGUAUGUUGGGACCCAUGUUCAUCCUUAUUGAUUAAGCCAGACAGCAGAGAAGCUAGAUUUCUGCCUAGGUUUCUAGGUUUGUCACUGCUUCUGACAUAGAAAACAAAACACUCUCUAAAAUUGCAUUUCAAGAGCUCUAAAAAAAUGAGAGAGAGAGAGACUGUGUCUCCUCUGUUCUGUGAAAAAGCUGCAGUCUAUUCUCUUGCAUGUGGACCUGGUGACUUUCAUUUCGACUCCCGAGGUUAGGCUUCUGGGGUAUGUUCUGUAUUGGGUUGCACAUCUAGUGCAGAAUACCUGCUGAAGGAUGUUUGCUGGGAACACACACUCCUGCUUUUCACAGUCAUCUACACAGACUCUCUGUAGAUUUACAGGCACAGUCAGAGAUGUUGGUUUUGACCUAUAAAUCCCUGGACAGCUUGAGACCUACUUAUCUAACAGAUCAACUUAUUCCCUGUGUCCUGCUGUGCUAUCUGUGAUGACCGAGGUAACCUUGAACAUAUUAUCCACUCACCAUAUCCAGACAAUGGAGGAAAGGGUUCUCAGUAUCUUCACCACAGUUAUGAAGUCAUUCUCCAUUGAGACACACCAAAGCUUCCUGAAGUGCUGCAUGACUUUGCAGGGGAGGGGAGAAUCAGAAUGUGGUGGCUGCAGUGAAGCCUGACAAAUGCCAUUUUUAACGAGAGGCUCAGUUGUUUUCAGAAUUGGGUUUGAUGUCAGGAAAGACAAACCUCGUAAAAAUAUGCUUCAGGAAGGUUUUAGUGGGCAAAGGACAAGGUAGAAUUGCAGAACUGCGAUCCUGGUAAGGAUCAAAUAUCUUACUUUAUGUGUAGUUUAAACCUUCCAUACUUCUUCUUCUUCUUUUUAAAAAGGAUAUGCAAGAUAUAUUCUAAGUUUUUUUUCCCCUACUGCACAAGCAGCCAUCAGCACAUUACCCACCCUCUAUAUGUCUUGUAACCAAAAUUAAGAGAACAGGAAAGAGGGGAGGGGAAAUGACAAAUUCUUCUUUUGUGUGUGUGCUUUUUUUGUACUAUAUGAUGCUUGUAUCUCUAAAUAUACUGUUUACUUCAAUACAAGUCAAUAAAUGCCUUUUAUUAUUA